UAAAUAACACUUUUAAUGACUUUUAUGCUUCUGAAAUGUGUCUUUCUUUUUUUUUAGUGUAUAUAUAUAUAAUGGGUUUGAAUGGAAAUGAAGUCUCAGAUACACAAUAUCAUUAUUUAGUUGCUAUUUUGGAUUCUUCUCACUUACUGACAUUUCUUAUAUCUCUUGUACUCAUUAUAUAUGGCAGCUUUAGAGGAAUAUCCUUAGAAAAUGAACGUAACUUAGAAAAAGAAAGAAAUAAAGAAAAUGAAGUCUGUAAAGAGAGUUCAAUACUUGGUUCACACACAAUCGAGUCAUCUGAAGCAAUUUGUUUCCCUUUGGCUGCAUCAGCCUCUCUUCUUUUUAUGUUUUUCUUGUUUGACUCUCUUCAAAUGGUGUUUGCUCUGUUAAUGGCAGUCUUGGCUACAAUGGCAUGUUCAUUCUUGCUUCUACCAGCUUGUAUCUUUGCUCUUGGAUUAUGUUUUAACCCUCAUAGAAGGUUGAUAUUACCUUUGGUGGGAUGUUUCACAAGUGCUGAACUUCUGUCAUUGGUUUCUUCUUUCUAUAUUGUUUUACUAUGGGUGUUUACUGGAAAUUGGUUACUUAUGGAUACACUUUCAAUGGCUUUGUGUACAACAAUGAUUGCUCUUGUGCAAGUUCCAAGUUUAAAAGUUUCAGUUUUGCUAAUGCUUGGAUUGCUGGCAUAUGAUGUUUUUUGGGUGUUCUUAUCAGAGCGCAUUUUUAGUGUUAAUGUAAUGGUAAAUGUUGCAACUCGCCAGGCAUCCAAUCCUGUUACCUUAAUAACAAAUCAACUUAAUAUGGAGAAUGUUGUUCAUCCACCUAAUUUAUUAUCACUUCCUGCCACAAUAAUGUUUCCAAGUUCAAAACACGAUGGCCAAUUUUCAAUUCUUGGUCUUGGAGAUAUUGUGAUACCUGGUUUGUUGCUUUGUUUUUUACUGAAGUUUGAUUAUCACAAAAGUAUUUUUAUAAAUGGAUCUACUGCAAAGUUUAAACCAAUGUAUUUUAUGUCCUCAUUGAUUGGUUAUUUAUUAGGUUUAGUUUCAGCAACGGUGGCAUCAGAUGUUUACCACGUCGCACAGCCUGCUCUUUUAUAUUUAGUUCCGUUUACUGUUUUACCAUUAGUAGUUCAAGCUUAUAUAAAGGGUGAUUUAAAAUCAAUGUGGAACCAUCCUACUUCAUUAAAACAUCCUGCUUCGAUCUCAUCAAAACAUAUUAUUUAAUUUAUUAUCUUUAUAUUUUCAAAUAGUUGUAGAAAUCAAAUGUAUAAAAAAUAUUGUAUUAUAUUAUGUAAUU